UUUUUUAUAACAGUGUGGAGUUGGAUUUUUGUUUUACAAUUUCAUUUUCGCCUUCCUGAAACGGUGUUCCUGCAUGAUUGAAACCCGAACUGCAUGGUGGUGUUUACUUUUGGAAAGUUUCUCGACGGCAUUUGAACGUCUUCACGAAUAAAAUGAGCGCAUCAAAAGGGAAGCAAGCCACCAAGGGAAACAAACAGAUAAUAGAGGAAAAUGUAGCGACGCUGAAAUUUUACCGGAACAUGUCCUUAGGUUCCUCGGUGUUUUUCCUGUUAGUAACCUGUAUAUUUUUUGAACCAUUUGCUGCUCUUCAAAUGACGAUGACAGUAUUGACAUUUGCAAUCCACGGAGCCAGCUUUUACUUCAUGACGAUGAUGAGCAGACCGCAAUACACAGACAGCGGAAGCAUUAUCGAUUCUGGUAGUGAUCUCAACAUUGAAGGAGGGAUUGCCGAGUAAGUAUUCUACAAUAAUAAACUUAUACUGAUUUAUUACCAUUAUUUCAGAGUUUUUAUUUAGACAGGGGGAACUGGGGAACUCGUCUAUGGCUGGACACCGCCUAUGACCGGACAACAUUGAUUUUUUUUGAAACGCAAUAUCCUAAUAAUGUUUUAACGCCAUAGAAAUAAAAUAAAUAGCAGCCUUGGAUUUCCAUAUUACCAACACCAUAUGGUUAUAUGGUAAUCCAAUCUGAAAAGGUAAAACAAUGAUAGGCAUUGAAAGUUUUUGCCUAGAAGUUCGGAGAGGAUCGCCCAAAGUUUGCAUUUAUAUUGUGGUCACGAAUAGCCUCAUAGGUGUAAAGUGUCACUAAUAAAGAAAGUUACGGGUUGUCCAAUGUGAAUUGCACAUAAACGUCAUCGUUGGUAUGGGAUGAAUAAACGUCGUUGGUUGGUUAUCUUUCGACUACUUGUAAGAAGAAAAAGAAUAAUUGGCUUGAAGGAAAGAAGAUUGAAGUUUCUUCUUCCUCUUUGCUCCGGCUAGCUCAAUCAAUUCGGCCAAAGUGAUUUCGGAACUGUUUCCGAUAAUACAUUUUACAUGUGUUUAAGAUUAAAUGAAUUUGCUUUUUAUUUUGGCCAUUGCCACUUUGCUCAGUUUAUGAGAGCAGGAAAUUCCUCCCACUAAGUAUUAGCAUAAUUGAAAACAAGUCGUAAUUGGCACUUAUAUUUGACCUCCAGGCCUCUCCGGAAUGGCGUCGAACGUGCAGCAAAAGCGCUCAUCUUCCUGGUUACAAGCGGUCAUCACUGGACCACACAAUGGCACACGCGCGUGGGUGGCUCUGAGCAGAGCUGGUUGACUCCCACGCUUCGAUGUCGGGAUGAUAGGGGAGAGUUUGCUCCCGGAAACUGGAGAUGCACACUGCGACAUGCGCAUGACAAACUUGAUUCGCUUUUCCGAGCGAGGUUCGCCCCACUGCAGCGAUUCUGGUUCCGCUCAUCUGGCUCGUCGGUCUAAUUCCUUCCUCGGCUUGCGGAUCCGGAUCUGGUUCGGCUCUUGGAUCCAAUUCUUUCCAGUCGUCUCGAUCUUCCCGCGGUGUUCGAAACUGCCAGUUCUCCUCCACCCAGCUUUCAUCGGUUUGAGCACCGAUCGUAUUAUCCCAGCGCCCUCGGGCUCCUUUGUCCCGAUCCCUCAGCAAACUCGUGCCCACGACCUUGGCACUUCCGGCUGCUUUGAGCUCAAGCUCCUCGGUAUUCGCUCCGGCUUGUUUGCCGCACCUUCCGGCCACCCUGUGUUGCGUGCCAAGACAAUUAAGCGAAGAAGUUUGGGCCACUAAAUAAAUCGCCGGAGAGGAA